UUACUAGAAAAUUAUGUUCUUUUUUUACCCCUUAGUUUUGUAAUUUAUUCUCCUCCUCCUACUUAUGCAAGCAUUAAUUAAUUUCCAUGGUAUAAGAAUUCAAUGCAUGGUUCAUACACAACCCAUCUCCAGCAACCAUGCUGUCCAUUUUUUCCUUUUAAGAAAAUAAAAGAAAGGAAAUCUUGAGAAGUACUACAACACAUCACACAUGGCUGGUGACACCAUGUGCCACUAUUUAUUUCUUGUCUAUUUUGUUUCCAUCCUUUUGCUUUUAUCUCUCGUUUUCCUUUUUUUUUGGAGAGAUUGGUAACAAUACACCGUACUUUCUUCCCCAUGUGUUAACAAAAAGAUUUGGUCUUCGUCAUGAACAGAAGCUGAGAUCUUUGGUGCAGGAUCCUCACCUCCGGUUCUGAAAGAACCCCUGUUUCCCAGUUUUGAAGAUACCUGAACAAUGAAGCCACCUUUGGAGAGGAACCCUACCAAGAAGCGCCACUCGUGGUGGUGGGACAGUCACAUUAGCCCUAAGAACUCUAAAUGGCUUGCAGAAAAUCUUGAAGAAAUGGACAAGCAAGUGAAGGAAAUGCUGCAGCUUAUUGAGGAGGAUGGCGAUUCCUUCGCGAAGAAAGCGCAGAUGUACUACCAGAGGCGUCCAAUGCUCAUCACCCAUGUUGAAAAUUUCUACCGGAUGUACCGUGCUCUAGCUGAGCGAUACGACAAUGUCACUGGUGAAUUGCGCAAGAACAUCCCUACAAGGCUGCAGUAUCAGGGAUCCUUGGCAGGUUCAGACUCUGAGCUGCAGAGGUCACCCUCACCAUCUCCUGAACCACAGAAGUCCUGGACAAGGGAGCAGAGCCCAAGGGCCGCCGGUUUCGACGUCUUCCUGUCCAACAAGAGCAAUGGCUCACCCUCACCGGCCUCAAGGAAGGAGCCUGAGGAUUUGGCUUCACAGUCAGAAUCUGAUGCAAAGUCUGAAGAUGGUGAGGAUGAUGGCAUUGCCUACACAUUGCACCAGAGAGUUCUUGAGCUUGAGGAUGAGCUCAACACCGUGAACCAGAAACUGCACGACGCAAAUGAAAAACUUGAGGUUCUGGAAGAGAAGAGCUUGAGGUGCCAUUGUGAUUCUAAAGAAAAUGGAAACGGUGCUGAUCAAAGUGCAAUAAAUGAGAAGCUACAGUCUUCACAAGAGGAGAUUAACAAUAUCAAAAACAGCCUUGAAGUUUUGUCGGAAGAGCACUCUAGGCUGUUGGGACAGAACAAGAAACUGGAGGCUGAAAUUGUCAAUCUGAAGGAAGAAAUUGCUUCAGAUAGACAGCAAUAUGAAGAGAAGCUCUCUCGUAGUGAUGCUGAAAUUGACAAGUGCAGGCAAGAACUUGCUGAUGCUUCUGAGAAGUUGCUGCAAGAGAAGUUGAGCAACAGUUCGGUGACAGCUGAGCUGCAAGAAACGAUUGAAAGCAUCAGGAUCAAACUUGAAGAAGUUUCUGAGGAGAAAUUACUUGUUGAGAACAAGUUUAAGCAGCUGGAGGAAGCAAACUCUGAAGCUGAAAAGUACAACCAAGAACUGUCACAUGCUACCGAGAAGCUUUCAGAGGAGAAGUUCAGACACGAGGCUGAGAUUCUUGCAUUGAAUCAGGCCAUUGAAAAUCUGAAAUCCAAACUGGAGAGCAUUGCUAAGGAGAAAUCGUUGCUUAAAUCAUGGUUUGCUGACCUAGAGCAAGUCGUGGAGCGAGGAAGGAGAAUUUUCCCCGAAUAGCCGGAAUUCCGUCAGAAAAAAUCAUAGCUUGCAUUUAGCGAAUUAGAACUUUUUUUUCUUCUUCUAAUACACCAUGAUACACACUUGAGAAGUCCUACCAUGCAUCAGCAUUGUACUUUUCCUGUCUGAUUCUUUUCCUUGCUGAGGCGAUGCAUGGUGGUGAUGUGCUGAUUGCCUGCGAGUCUUUUGCGCGGAACGUAUUUCCCUCGGCAAUAAAAUGGUUCUAAAUCCAUGUAACUUGUAUAUGAGCAAGCAAAAGCGAUCAUGGUUGUUUGAAUAGUGCUUUAGCACAGACAAAAGUAGAAGUAUAAAGUCUUAUACUAUUAUUUUUUAUUCA